CUGUUGCAGUGCAGGCAGCUUUUAGUGCAACUGAUUUGUAAAGGCACUUACAAUCUAAAUCCAGUUUCUUCCACGAGAUUUCCCUUAAAGGAUUGGGCAGAGGGGGAUAUAUAACAAGAACUUUAUACACAGGUACUUCUCAGCCCAGUUCAGCGCUCUGGCUCCCAUGGGCUAGGAUGUUAGCUGCCCUAUUGAAUUCUCCAACCACUAUCCACAUAGGGCUGGCCGAACUGUGGCAAUCUGGUGUGGAAGGAGAGGUGGGUUGGGGUGGUAGGGCUAAGAGUUGGAAAGCUUUAUUUAGAUUUUUGGGUAUAUUUGGAGGGAAGGAAACUGGGACGGGGGUGGGGGGGGGUUGAAGGCUGACUGAGGUCCUGGUGAGAGAACUCAAGCGCUGCCCUACUGACUCCCAGCAGGACAAGAACCACCCCAAACCUGAUGUUUUGACUCCUCCUAUCUGGUUGCCAAGGCUUAGACUGGUCCUGAAGCCUGUGAUACCGCAGAAGUGGGCUUCAGAUCGUCCACAGGCACGCGCUGGACCCCAGCAUCUCUUCAGGAAUCAAAGGGUUUCUGGCGGUGGUGGUUGCCAACUUGACGGUUCUCCGCAGGGCGGGGCUGGGAGAAGAGAGAGGGAACUCAGAGAAGCGUCCUGAGUUGCCAUGGAAACAAGGGCCAGCGGAAGGCUUCCCAGCCACAAGGAGUCCGUUGAAAUUUGCCCCCAGGGAUUACUGGUGUUCACCGGAACUUCGGAACAGGACUCCAACUUGGCCAAGCAGUUCUGGAUCGCAGCGUCGAUGUACCCUACUAACGAAUCUCAGUUGGUGCUCUCCCGAGGUAGCAGUCAGCGCCUGCCGGUGGCCCAACCCUCUAGGCGCAGUCCGCCUGAGACUACUGAUAUCACCGCUGAAACCAUAAAGAUUCAGGCAUCUGAGGAGAAAAAAAAGUAUCUCCAAAAGGCUAAAAGGAGAGAUGAGAUUCUCCAACUCUUAAGAAAACAAAGAGAAGAAAGGAUCUCGAAAGAACUGGUUUCCCUUCCUUAUAAGCCAAAGGCCAAAGUACACAAAGCAAAGAAAGUGACAUCAGAGUCAGACAAGGAACACCAAGAGGAGGUCAAAGCCUUGGACUAACGUGAUGGACACAUGGGAAAGGAUGGCUCACUUAGAUCUUGACAUUUGAAGCACCCUUCUCUUAUGUCAGGAUCAUUGGGAUCACUUUGUUGAAAUAGACAAAGAAAUAAAAGUUAAAUAUGCAGA